GCAUGGAGUUGGAUUUCAUUGCUUCGUUCUCGAUCAAACACUAGCUAGGUAUAGCUAGAUAUAUAGCUAACUGAUUCCAAUCUAAUAGAACUCAGCAUCAUAUUAUUUUAUAUUAUAUAUAUAUAUAUAAUCGGAGAAUGCGAUACAUCCAGACGCCUCGUAGCCUGAAGAGGCUCUUCUCCCUCAGGCGGCGGCCCAACAGCAGUUUCAGUCGCGACGACGAUCAUCAAGACAACUUGGGAAAGCCCAAAGAACCACCACCAUCUGCUGCUGCUUUCCAGAAGCCCACGUGGAAAUGCUUUUCCUACGACCAGAUCUCCGCCGCCACUGCCGGUUUUUCCUCAGAUAAUUUGGUGGGACGAGGAGGAUAUGCGGAAGUGUACAGAGGAGUGCUCGAAGACGGGGAGGCCAUUGCAGUGAAGAGAGUGAGGAGCCACGAUGAUGAUGAUAAUUACGAUGAGAGGAAAGAGAAAGAGUUCUUGUCGGAGAUUGGGACCUUAGGACAUGUUUCCCACCCGAAUGUUACGCCGCUCCUCGGCUGCUGCAUCGACAACGGCCUUUAUCUCGUCUUCCGCUUCUCCUCCAGGGGCUCUGUGGCUUCCAUUCUCCAUGAUCAGAAAGUUAACGUAUUGGACUGGAGAAGGAGGUACAAGAUUGCCGUGGGGACUGCGAGGGGCCUUCAUUACUUACACAACAACUGUCCCAGGAGAAUUAUCCAUCGAGACAUCAAGGCUUCCAACGUUUUGUUGGCUGCUGAUUUUGAGCCCCAGAUAUCAGACUUUGGAUUGGCUAAAUGGCUUCCCUCACAAUGGAGCCAUCGUUCAAUCGCUCCUAUUGAAGGAACAUUCGGGCACUUAGCGCCCGAGUAUUUCAUGCACGGAGUGGUCGACGAGAAGACGGAUGUCUUCGCAUUUGGCGUCUUCUUACUAGAGCUUCUUUCUGGAAAGAAGCCGGUGGAUAAUUCUCACCAAAGUUUGCAUAGUUGGGCGAAACCUAUACUUGUCCGCGGAGAUGUGAGAGAACUGAUCGAUCCGAGACUCGGGGAGGACUACGAUGUGGUGCAGCUCAACCGGGUUGCGUUUGCUGCCUUGUUGUGCAUCCGAUCUUCCCCGAUCUCGCGCCCGACUAUGACCGAGGUGUUGGAGGUGUUGUCAAUGGAGGGAGAAAUGGACACGGAAAAGUGGGAGAUGCCCGAGGAAGAGGAAGGACGAGAAGAAGACGAGGACCAUCAACAUUGGGGGUUGGAAGAUCUUGGAUUUGAAUGUGAAUUUCAAUUUGACUUUGAAUUUGAAUUUGAAUUUGGAGAUGAUGAAAAUGAGUCGUCAUCGACGUUGCUGGACUCGCCUCGCGAUUCUUUCUCCACGGGACGUUCAACUAUCCGAAAUACAUAACCAGUUAUAUAUGCCCUCACUUGAACCAUUAGAUGACAACACCCAACAGCACCCACAGAGUGUAUAUAUAUAUAUAUAUAUGUGUGUGUGUAAAUAUGAAUGUUUUGUUCUUCCAAUAAAAUGUACUGGUCUCCGCUGCCUUGCGGGUGAUACUACUAUAGGUGUUUGGAAGACGU